GGUCUUGCUAUUGAUACUCUCUUGAAAAUACCUCCUCACAUUCUUCUCCCAAGUGAUGUUGAGCAAGCAACACAAGUUUCUAUUGCAGAUGUGGCUCUUUUACAGACCGAGAUUGAUAAUCUACAUACACAAUUAAAGAAUGAAAAAUAUAUGCAAGCUCGGUAUCAAGAAGAGCUCCAAGAGAUCAGCAAGGUACUUGAACAGCAGCAAAAGCUCAGAAAUAGUGUUUUAAGUUGCCCACAAAUUAAGUGUGCUGAGGAUCUUAAACAGAACCUGCUCUUUAUCCAGGCCAAUGAAGGAGACAUAAAACUUGCUAAUGAUAAAGCUAAAGAAGUAUUCUCAAGCAUUUCUCAGAUAAGGAUUCCAGGCCCAACAGAAUUACUUUCUAAGGGGAUUAUUGAGUAAUUUGUAAAUUUCAUUUCUGGUCGUGAGUGAGUUUUAGGACAGGGAAUGAACAUUACUAGGAAAAUUAUUGAAUUUAGAAGAAACUCUAAGAAACAGAUGUCAAACACAUUAAAUUUGCUGAUAGUGAUUUUAAAUGCUGCUCAUAUUAAUUCAGCCUACUUAGAAAAAGUAUUUUAGUAAAAGUUGCAAAGCAGUAAACUUUCAAUUGUUAUUUAUCGAGAUGUAACAACAAGAUAACUGUAUUUUUUUCUAUCAUUGUCUGUAUAUACAUGAUGUAUUAGGAAGGAAAAUAAAUUUGUGAUCUUUAUUGUGUAGUGAAAAUUUCAAUGUAACUGGUUACUAUUUGUAUGUAUCAUUUUUUCUUCUUUUCAUGAUGUUAAUCCUAUUGUCUUAUUGGGAGCUGGUUGAUCAGAUUGUAUUCUGAUGUCUUUGUGCUACUCUUUCUUAGUAAGAUGUUAACUUGGCAGUUAGUGUUUUAAUCAUUAUUCUUUUAUUAUGCUGUGAAGUGUGUUCUCUUUGAUUUGUAUCACCCAUAUCUUUUAUAGUGUGUACAACUUGAAAAAAAUAUUACUGAUUUUUGUAUAGUUUUGUUGCUGAGUAUGAAUGAACUAAAGACAGGAGUGCUCUUUCUCCUGCCUACAGUGAUCA